GUAUGGCUCUGGACUGGUUUGCCUUUGCUCCCUAGAGAGUUGCCUGCCAAUUCCAACUCCCCAGAGAGCUGCCUCCUAUCUCUAGGAAUUGUCUAGCCUGGGAGAGGCAGUCCUCCAGUCUUAGUCUGUUUGUGUUGUUGUAAAAGAAUACAGGAAGCUGGGUAAUUCACAAAGAAAAGAAGUUUAAUUAGCCCACAGUUCUGCAGGCCAUACAAGAAACAUGGUGCCAGCUGGGCAUGAUGGCUCACACCUGUCAUCCCAGCACUUGGGGAGGCUAAGGUGAAAGGAUUGCUUGAGCCCAGGAGUUUGAGACCAGCCUGGGCAACAUAAUGAGACCCCAUCUCUACUUUUUAAAAAAUAAUUCAGGGCUGGGCAUGAUGGCUCAUGCCUGUAAUCCCAGCACUUUGGGAGCCCCAGGUGGAUGGAUUACUUGAGGUCAGGAGUUCGAGACCAGCCUGGCCAACAUGAUGAAACCCCGUGUCUACUAAAAAUACAAAAAUUAGCCAGGCGUUGUGGUGCACACCUGUAAUCCCAGCUACUUGGGAGGCUGAGGCCCUGGAGUCGCUUGAACCGGGGAGUCAGAGGUUGCAGUGAGCCAAGAUCGUGCCACUGCACUCCAGCUUGGUCAACAGAGCUAGACCCUGUCUCAAACACAAAAAAUAAAAACAAAGAAAUGGGCAAGUGGCUGGCCCCAAGGCACAAGGCCCUAGUGGCAGGCCCGGUCUGGCCUGGAGUGGAGUGGUAGUGACUCUCAGGCAGGCAGGGAGGAGAAAGUUGGGCGUCAACCUAAGACCAGGCUCACCGGCUUGCUGGGAAGGUUACCAAGAUGCUGUGUGGGCCCGAAGUUGCUCAGCCUGAAGUAGACACCACCCUGGGUCGUGUGCGAGGCCGGCAGGUGGGCGUGAAGGGCACAGACCGCCUUGUGAAUGUCUUUCUGGGCAUUCCAUUUGCGCAGCCGCCACUGGGGCCUAACCGGUUCUCAGGCCCACGCCCAGCACAGCCCUGGGAGGGUGUGCGGGAUGCCAGCACUGCGCCCCCAAUGUGCCUACAAGACGUGGAGAGCAUGAACAACAGCAGAUUUGUCCUCAAUGGAAAACAGCAGAUCUUCUCCGUUUCAGAGGACUGCCUGGUCCUCAACAUCUAUAGCCCAGCUGAGGCCCCCGCAGGGUCCGGUAGGCCGGUCAUGGUAUGGGUCCAUGGAGGCGCUCUGAUAACUGGCGCUGCCACCUCCUACGAUGGAUCAGCCCUGGCUGCCUAUGGGGAUGUGGUCGUGGUUACAGUCCAGUACCGCCUUGGGGUCCUUGGCUUCUUCAGCACUGGAGAUGAGCAUGCACCUGGCAACCAGGGCUUCCUAGAUGUGGUAGCUGCUUUGCACUGGGUGCAAGGAAACAUCACCCCCUUCGGGGGUGACCUCAACUGUGUCACUGUCUUUGGUGGAUCUGCCGGUGGGAGCAUCAUCUCUGGCCUGAUCCUGUCCCCAGUGGCUGCAGGGCUGUUCCACAGAGCCAUCACACAGAGUGGGGUCAUCACCACCCCAGGGAUCAUCGACUCUCACCCUUGGCCCCUAGCUCAGAAAAUCGCAAACACCUUGGCCUGCAGCUCCAGCUCCCCAGCUGAGAUGGUGCAGUGCCUUCGGCAGAAGGAAGGAGAAGAGCUGGUCCUUAGCAAGAAGCUGAAAACUACUGUCUAUCCUCUCACCGUUGAUGGCACUGUCUUCCCCAAAAGCCCCAAGGAACUCCUGAAGGAGAAGCCCUUCCACUCUGUGCCCUUCCUCAUGGGUGUCAACAACCAUGAGUUCAGCUGGCUCAUCCCCAGGGGCUGGGGUCUCCUGCAUACAAUGGAGCAGAUGAGCCGGGAGGACAUGCUGGCCAUCUCAACACCCGUCUUGAACAGUCUGGAUGUGCCCCCUGAGAUGAUGCCCACCGUCAUAGAUGAAUACAUAGGAAGCAACUCGGACGCACAAGCCAAAUGCCAGGCGUUCCAGGAAUUCAUGGGUGACGUAUUCAUCAAUGUUCCCACCGUCAGUUUUUCAAGAUACCUUCGAGAUUCUGGAAGCCCUGUCUUUUUCUAUGAGUUCCAGCAUCGACCCAGUUCUUUUGCGAAGAUCAAACCCGCCUGGGUGAAGGCUGAUCAUGGGGCCGAGGGUGCUUUUGUGUUCGGAGGUCCCUUCCUCAUGGACGAGAGCUCCCGCCUGGCCUUUCCAGAGGCCACAGAGGAGGAGAAGCAGCUAAGCCUCACCAUGAUGGCCCAGUGGACCCACUUUGCCCGGACAGGGCGGAACAAUAUCUGGAGAUCAACCCAGUGCCACGGGCCAGACAGAAGUUCAGGGAGGCCCAGAUGCAGUUCUGGUCAGAGACGCUCCCCAGCAAGAUACAACAGUGGUACCAGAAGCAGAAGAACAGGAAGGCCCAGGAGGACCUCUGAGGCCGGGCCUGAACCUUCUUGGCUGGGGCAAACCGCUCUUCAAGUGGUGGCAGAGUCCCAGCAGGGCAGCCCGCCUCUCCCCCUGCUGAGACUUUAAUCUCAACCAGCCCUGCACGGAGUCGUGUUCCUUAAAGCGUCGGCCACUCUGUGACUGGACUUAUGCACUUUUGAAAUGUCAGAAGGCCGCCUCCCACCUCUGGGCCAUUGUACAAGUUCUUCCCUCUCCCUGAAGUGCCUUUCCUGCUUUCUUCGUGGUAGGUUCUAGCACAUUCCUCUAGCUUCCUGGAGGACUCACUCCCCCAGGAAGACUUCCCUGCCUUCUCUGGGCUGUGCGGCCCCGAGUCUGCGUCCAUUAGAGCACAGUCCACCCGAGGCUAGCACCGUGUCUGUGUCUGUCUCCCCCUCAGAGGAGCUCUCUCAAAAUGGGGAUUAGCAUACCCCCACUCUGUCACCCACACCAGGAUCGGGUGGGACCUGGAGCUAGGGGGUGUUUGCUGAGUGAGUGAGUGAAACACAGAAUAUGGGAAUGGCAGCUGCUGAACUUGAACCCAGAGCCUUCAGGUGCCAAAGCCAUACUGAGGCCCCCACCGACAUUGUCCACCCUGGCCAGAAGGGUGCAUCCCAAUGGCAGAGACCUGGGAUGGGAGAAGUCCUGGGGCGCCAGGGGAUCCAGCCUAGACCAGACCUUAGCCCCUGACUAAGGCCUCGGACUAGGGCGGGAGGGGUCUCCUCCUCUCUGCUGCCCAGUCCUGGCCCCUGCACAAGACAACAGAAUCCAUCAGGGCCAUGAGUGUCACCCAGACCUGACCCUCACCAAUUCCAGCCCUGACCCUCAGGACGCUGGAUGCCAGCUCCCAGCCCCAGUGCCGGGUCCUCCCUCCCUUCCUGGCUUGGGGAGACCAGUUUCUGGGGAGCUUCCAAGAGCACCCACCAAGACACAGCAGGACAGGCCAGGGGAGGGCAUCUGGACCAGGGCAUCAGUCGGGCUAUUGUCACAGAGAAGAGACCCACCCACUAGGGCUGCAAAAGGUGAAAAGCACUCAGAGGUUUUCAGAUCGAAGUGAGAGGUGACAGUGUUUUGGCAGCCCUCACAGCCCUCGCUCGCUCUCCGUGCCGCCUCUGCCUGGGCUCCCACUUUGGCAGCACUUGAGGAGCCCUUCAACCCGCCGCUGCACUGUGGGAGCCCCUUUCUGGGCCGGCCAAGGCCGGAGCCAGCUCCCUCAGCUUGCAGGGAGGUGCGGAGGGAGAGGCGCGGGCAGGAACCGGGGCUGCGCGCAGCCCUUGCGGGCCAGAGUGAGUUCCGGGUGGGCGUGGACUCGGCGGGCCCCCCACUCAGAGCAGCUGGCCGGCCCCACCGGCCCCAGGCAGUGAGGGCCUUAGCACCUGGGCCAGCAGCUGCUGUGCUCGAUUUCUCGCCGGGCCUUAGCUGCCUCCCCGCGGGGCAGGGCUCGGGACCUGCAGCCCUCCAUGCCUGACCCUCCCCCCACCCCCCGUGGGCUCCUGUGCGGCCGGAGCCUCCCCAAGGAGCGCCGCCCCCUGCUCCACAGCGCCCAGUCCCAUCGACCACCCAAGGGCUGAGGAGUGCGGGUGCACAGCGCGGGACUGGCAGGCAGCUCCACCUGCUGCCCCAGUGCUGGAUCCACUGGGUGAAGCCAGCUGGGCUCCUGAGUCUGGUGGGGACUUGGAGAAACUUUAUGUCUAGCUAAGGGAUUGUAAAUACACCAAUGGGCACUCUGUAUCUAGCUCAAGGUUUGUAAACUCACCAAUCAGCACCCUGUGUCUAGCUCAGGGUUUGUGAAUGCACCAAUCCACACUGUGUAUCUAGCUAAUCUAGUGGGGAUGUGGAGAACCUUUGUCUCUAGCUCAGGGAUUGUAAAUGCACCAAUCAGCACCCUGUCAAAACAGACCACUUGACUCUCUGUAAAAUGGACCAAUCAGCAGGAUGUGGGUGGGGCGAGAUAAGAGAAUAAAAGCAGGCUGCCUGAGCCAGCAGUGGCAA